CAAACAUCAUGUCAAACGACGAUGUAAAUUUUCGUCCAGGGUUCAACUCCAUGGAAUGUGAUAUUUUUGCUCCAGAUGAAUUACCAAAUUCGACGUUAAAUGAUUCCUCAGCUCAUCAAAUAAAGAUACUGGAUGGAAAUGCUUGUAAUGAAGUGGAAACUGCUCAUAUCGAUUUGGAAGAUAAAAAUACAUAUGUCCAUGUCCAAAUGAUUCCAAGUUUGGAAGACAUGGCUACUCUUGUGGCAACUUUAGAAACGUUGAAUAAUCAUUAUCACCACUCUAAGCGCAUACCCAUAUUCUACGAUUUUCUAAGAAAUACGAACCCAGAAAUCGAUAAUUUGAUGGUACCGAACCGCAUCAAGGAGAAAAUGAAAGCACUUUGUGCUAAGAUGGAAAAAGAAGAGUAUUUUCUUAGAUAUGCUGAUAUUGAGGAGAGGCGCAGGCCUAAUAUCCUGCAAUUGCGCAAACUAUGCAAUAAUGAUUCGUAUUUUUAUCUCUACGGACUGGCUUGGGACGCAAAUGGUCACAUUGACCAUAAAAAAACUAUAGAAAAUGUUUUAUCGCGUUCGGGGCAUUUGAAUGAUGGCGAUCUCAUAUUCGAAAUAAUAACCGCAUACUGUUUAAAGAAUCAUAUAAUGGAUUUUCCUCUGGAUUCUUUGAGUGAAAAGUUCAUCAGAACUGUGAAAAAAGAUAGAUUCUCCAAACAUGAAUUAACAAAGUACUGGAUAAAAUGUAAAAAAAGGAUUAAUCUUGAAAGGUACGAUGCAAGCUAUGAAUCUGCUUUAGCUGACCUGCUUGAUUCAAUGAAAUUGGAUGAAGACGAAUUCCAAUGGCCUGCUUAUGAAUACUUCUGGGAUUUUUUCAAUGAAAACGAUCAAGUGGAAGUGACUAAGAAUUUAAUUCGAAACGGUAAUUAUAAAAAAUAUCAGAAGAUGUUAUUCUCAAAAUUGAAUAAAAAUCAGCUCAAACAAUUAUAUUCUGAAGGACCUCUUACCAUUAUUGCCAACUUUUUGUCUUUGGGAGAAGUCGAGCUAGCGAAGGCGACUUGGGAUCGUAGCAAGGUGACCAUCGCAUGUGAGAAAUACGAACUUCUACUUGAACAAAUCUGGAAGAAUCGCAAAUCAGAUGAGGAGAACUGUAUGCAAUUUUUAAUUUAUUCAUGGAACACCGCACCAACGAAUUUAAUCGAAUACAUGAUCGAGGUGAAAAAUUGUCAAAUUACGGACAAGUUUUUAAAAGGAAAACCAAUGCUUGAAAAUUCCAGUAGUUGUAAAUUUCUGAAAGCUUUUUUAUCACGAUCAACGCCCGAAUUCAAACAGAAGUUUUUGCUACAAGCUGGACCAUGUUUAGCAUUGAAUCAUCCGGAAGUGUUCAUUUCAUUGACUAAUCAUUGUUUGCACGAAACAGAACGUGUGGCAGUCAAAGAAAGUUUACUUAUUGAAGCGAUGGAGUCGAGUCCACCGGCUGGAAUUAUGCACCGUUUUCGAGAUUUAUUUUUGUACUCGGGUCGUGAAGAAUUUAACGAAUUCCUCGAGUUAUUCACUUUGAAACCAACUUUACAGACACAAUUCAAGGAGUGUUUGUUACGAUCCAAAUUACUUAUCACCAAAGCACUGUGGAGAACUGAUGAUUGGGAAAAAUUGUCUCAAUUUAUAGUCGAAUUGUAUCCGAACCGAGAAGUAGCUCGAUAUCAAAAGAGGAAUGUUGUUUUUACUUUUUUGCAGAUUCACGGCACUUACCAUGAUUGUUACCGACCAAAUGGCGAUGAAAAGUUUACCGAAAUUGAUAAUUUCUUAAGUCAAGUCCUUACCCCUCGAGAAGUAAUUACCGCCAAAGAAAAUAUUAUUGAUAGUUUUCUAGAAAGAUGUCAAUCUGGUUGGGUCAGAUCUUUGAAAAGAAUGAAUAUGCGGAGUUUUGCUACGUGGUGCUACUGCGGCGAUAAAAAAAACAUAAAGCGAUUCAAACGUUCGUUUCCAAUUGACAAAUUAUUUCGUCGACUUUUGAGUGAAAUAGUUGGACGAUACGUUAAUGGCAGAGAUUCAAUGUUAUCGUUUUCUUCAUUAGACGAGCUCUUACGUUGGAAAUUUUCAUCGAACAGAAAAAAAAUUAAAAAAUUAAAGUCGCGUAAAAUAAACAAAAUCAUGAAAAGAAAGGCAGAAAAAAACUAUUUGUGGAAAACGAACAUAUAUCCGCGUGUCCUGAAGAAAGUUAUCGAAUGGGGUUUCCAUGGUGAUAGUCGUCAGAUUCGAGAAUUCGAGCAACGUUACUCAAAAACAGAUAUGAUGAAGAUUAUUCACUGGAUGCAUUUUGGAGAAGAGUCCGCGGGCUGCGGAGAGUACUAUGGUCAUACCAGUUGUAAAUCAGAUGGUGGAAGGAUCCAACGCUCUUUUGUUACAACCUACGAUGAGUCAGAUCGUGAAUGGCACUUAUCCAAGUAUGAGUUUGAUGUGUUUCAUGAGUUUAGCAAAGGAAUUGAAAGCGAUAGCACGACCGAAGAGUCUGAUAUUACGACUGAUUAUUAUUAAUUUUUUAGAAUUUAUAUUAGAUACUCCUACAUUUUUUACAUACCUACCUAUCUUUAAAAUACAUACAAUGUGAUAUUGUUUUAAUACGCGUGUGUGUGGAUCGAAAUAUUCACAUCACAUCUCGUCCAGUUGUUUAUUGUUAAAUUGCAUAUCGGUACCUAGGUAUAGCUAUUUUACGAGUUUUUUGUUUUUUGUUCAUAAUUUAAUAAAGGAAAUC